AUGAAUGGAGCAGUUAAAGCUACAAACAAGAAUAUUAAGAGGAUCUUGAGGAAGAUAGUGGAUGGUAAUAGAGAGUGGCAUGAGAGGUUGCCAUAUGCUUUACUUGGAUAUCAUACCACAAUCAGAACUUCUAUUGGGGCAACUCUCUAUAUGUUGGUUUAUGGGUCGGAAGCAGUAAUACCUGCAGAAGUAAAGAUACCUUCAUUGAGAGUCAUUCGGGAGGUUGGUCUACACGACGUUGAAUGGAUUCAUAGCAGGAUCAAGCAAUUGAUUCUCAUUGAUGAGAAGAGAUUGGAUGCAAUCUGUCAUAGUCAACUCUAUCAAAAUAGAAUGAUAAAGGUGUUCAACAAUAAAGUCAAGCCUCGUCGAUUCACGCUGGGACAGUUAGUAUUGAAGAAGAUAUUCCCUCACCAAGGUGAAGCCAAAGAAAAAUUUAUGCCAAAUUGGCAAGGUCCUUACAUAGUUCAUCGAGUACUCUCAGGAGGAGCAGUAAUCCUCGCAGAAAUGGACGGCACAAUAAGCACGAAGCCGAUCAACUCAGAUGCCAUCAAGAAGUACAACAUUUGA